CUUGUUGGUAUUGUGUUUUGCCAUGCCUGAACCGGCCAAGUCCGCUCCGGCUCCCAAGAAGGGCUCCAAAAAAGCUGUUACCAAAGCCCAGAAGAAAGAUGGCAAAAAGCGAAAGCGCAGCCGCAAGGAGAGUUACUCCAUCUACGUGUACAAGGUGUUGAAGCAGGUCCACCCUGACACCGGCAUCUCGUCCAAGGCCAUGGGCAUCAUGAAUUCCUUCGUCAACGACAUCUUUGAGCGCAUUGCUGGCGAAGCAUCCCGCCUGGCGCAUUACAACAAGCGCUCCACCAUCACUUCUCGGGAGAUCCAGACGGCAGUGCGCCUGCUGCUGCCGGGCGAGUUGGCCAAGCACGCAGUGUCUGAGGGCACCAAGGCGGUCACCAAGUACACCAGCUCCAAAUGAGUCCUGCUCGGACUUGGCGCUCUCCUGCCGCUUUUCUCCAAAGGCUCUUUUAAGAGCCACCCAUCUAAUCAGAAAAGAGCUUUGUUCACUUGCAUUACGGUAGUUCCUUCCUUCUCCGAGUAAGUUUCUACAGGUUUUAGGAGAUGGCACAAGUGGUUUUUAAGCUUUUGUAUUUUGAGGUUCCCGGUGCGUGACGAUUUGCUUUUGAAUCUGAAGCGCGUCAUUACUCCUAUUAACGCUGCUUAGCUCUCUUAGUCAAUCUUACUAAACUGGGAUACUGGGAAUCUCUCCUUUCUCCGCACUCAGAUCGUUGUUCUGGCGGCUUUGUUGGGUAUGUUUAUUGUCCUAAAACAAAAUGAUUCCUUCAACCAUGGUUUUUAAGAGUACCCCAGGACACAAACCAGACUCCAGCGAACACUCGUGACAGCUCCGUAUGAUUGAAGCCUAGCAGCAGCUUGUGUGAACUCACCAGUUCGACCCCGCCGUGUGUCCUGUGUAUGCCAGCGGUUUUGUGUACUUAGGGUGGAGCCUGCGGAGCCGAACCCUAACCUUUUCCUGAUUGGGCGACAUGAAUAUUUAAAAUUUCGCGCUGCAGCGGAAUUUGUAGACUUCAGUUACCACUCCCCCUUGGGGUUUGAAAUCCCUCUUUUUGGAUUUGUGGAUCAAUUUUUGCUAAUUUAGUGAUCUGUUCUUGGAAUGACGCGCUUCCAGGUCAGUGCAAGGCACUGGUAAUUUAGAUCUGGGCUCAAAAGUCACCUCGAAUAUACCCUUCCAAGCCAAAUACUCAGGAAUUUGCUCAUCUUUUUCCUGCUUGGCUGUUUUGUCUUCCUCCUCGCGAGCUGUCUGAAAUUGGUUCAUUUGCUCUCGUUUAUGAUCAUUCUCCUUACUCCUUGACAGCUUUGUUGGUCUGAUUUCCCACUAUGUCUUAAGUGCCAAUCAGUGCCUGGCACAUAGAGGACAAAUACUACUUACUGAAUUAAUAUUUAUUAGAUUAAUUUUUCUACCUCACCCCUUUCUUCUGUGGGUGGAUGGGCGCUUUUCUUUUCCAUUAGACAUGAGUAAAGACAGGAUGAAAAUGGAAAUAUUUUUGCUCCUUUCCCAAAUCUGUCCUUAAUCACUGCAACAACUGGGAGGGAGGCCAUAUUAAGAUUCUCUUUUUGUGAAAGAGGUGGCCAUAGGUUCUGCCUUUAUGCUUGACAAUUUAGUGUAACCAUUUGGAUUUUCAUUGAAAUCAGAACAUUGGUCAUUGUAAAGAGCCUUCUUUUUCAUCCCCUACCCCUACCCCUGCAUUGCCCCAAACCAGAUUUUCUGUUCCCCACUGAGUGAGGUUUUAAUUUACAGUUGCCACCUCAUUUGCUUUUCAGAAGACUUUUCAAGAUAGGUGGGACAACGGAAUUAAUACCUUUCUUAUAGAUGAGGUUGAGAGAAAGCUACGCGAUUGGGUCACUACUCAGGUAGCUAACACUACUAUUGUAUCCUCCUAUGUGAGGACAAUUGCUUUUUAGUUUUAUUUUGUGGAAUUACAGAAUAUUUAUUCUUUCUGUCCAAACCUUGAUUUUGUGAAUGAAGACACUAAGGUCUGAUCAUUUACUCAAAUCUGAUUCUUGGCUAAGAGCUUCUGGAGUUGAUUGCAGGGAUUUCAUGAAUCCAAAGGAGCUCCAGACAUUAACACAGACUGAAUAUAUGGCAUGUUUCCUACUUGUGUUUUCAAAUGUAUGUAGAUGCUACAGUUAUUAAUAAAGUUACCAAUUAA